UUCAUGUUCAACCACUAUCCGUCACUGUGUUACCACCCUGUCCAGUCCCAGCGCUAACGCCACAUCUUAAAGCUUAUUACGGCGACCCACCUUCCGAGUCCUCUGGAAUAUGAUUGACGUAUCGCGGAAGAACUGAGGCGGGAGCAACAGCGCGUUCUCCUCCAAUCACAGACAGAGGGCGGAGCCUCAUCGAUGGUAUCAGCGUUGGUGGGCGGUGCUUCCCGUUAUGUGUCAGUGUUGCCAGCAGACCUGUGCGAAACAAAAGCACAUCUCUCCCCACAUUUAACGCCUUCAAAGCAUGCCUUAAACCUGUUUCAAUCGUAAAGCUGUCAAAGGGAACAAGGAGUUACGCGUCAGUGUCGCAGAUUACUCCGGAUUAGAGCAGCCCUUACACAAAGUUGGGUCCUGUUGGCUUUGGAGGCAAGAGCAGGAGCUGCUUGAUCUUAAAGCAACUCUCCAGAUCAGAUUUCACCCAAACCAGCUGUGUGUGUGUGUGUGUGUGUGUGUGUGAGAGAGAGAGAGAGAGAGAGAGAGAGAGAGAGAGAGAGAGAGAGAGAGAGAGAGAGCUUUGCCAUUUCUCCCUUCUCUCCCUCUUCAUGUUGUAAACGCGCUCCAGAUAUCAAGAAAGAAAAGGGGGAGUGACGGAGAGAGUUCAAGGGGGUUUCUGAAGACAUUUUCUGAGAUAUUCCUUCUAUUAGGCAAGAAGACAAAAAGUGUGCAGAGUCUAGUGAACAACGGCAAGGAUGGAUGAUCAGCCCCGGUUGACGCACUCUUCUCAUGGGGUGGGCAUGACCGUACACCCCGGCCUGGCGCAACAUAUGCAGGAUGGCACGGGAGGAGCGGACGGCGAGGGAAGAAAACAGGACAUUGGAGACAUAUUACAACAAAUCAUGACCAUUACCGACCAAAGUCUGGACGAAGCACAGGCGAGGAAACAUGCACUGAAUUGUCACAGAAUGAAGCCGGCUCUUUUCAACGUCCUAUGUGAAAUAAAAGAAAAAACAGUUCUGAGUAUCCGUGGAGCUCAAGAGGAGGAGCCACCAGAUGCUCAACUCAUGCGAUUGGACAACAUGCUGCUAGCUGAGGGCGUGUCCGGACCUGAGAAAGGGGGUGGGUCUGCUGCGGCUGCGGCUGCAGCUGCUGCAGUGGGUGGAGCCGGGUCUGAUAACUCGGCUGAACACUCAGACUACCGUGCCAAACUGUCCCAGAUCCGUCAGAUCUACCACACAGAACUGGAGAAGUACGAGCAGGCAUGUAAUGAAUUCACCACCCAUGUGAUGAACCUGCUGCGGGAGCAGUCUCGUACUCGGCCCAUCUCCCCCAAAGAGAUCGAGCGUAUGGUGAACAUCAUUCACCGCAAGUUCAGCUCCAUCCAGAUGCAGCUCAAGCAGAGCACCUGCGAAGCCGUCAUGAUCCUACGCUCACGCUUCCUAGAUGCCAGACGAAAAAGGAGAAACUUCAAUAAGCAGGCCACGGAGAUCUUAAACGAGUACUUCUACUCCCACCUCAGCAACCCAUACCCCAGCGAGGAAGCAAAGGAGGAGCUGGCUAAGAAAUGCUCCAUUACAGUCUCACAGGUAUCCAACUGGUUUGGAAACAAGAGGAUCAGAUACAAGAAAAACAUUGGGAAAUUCCAAGAAGAAGCUAACAUGUACGCAGCCAGAACCGCAGCUACCGCAACUAGUGUCUCCACCCAUGGCAGCCAAGCCAACUCACCUUCCACACCAAAUUCAGCCGGUUCUGCUGGCUCUUUUAACAUGAACUCUGGGGACUUGUUCAUGAAUGUGCAGUCUCUAAAUGGGGACUCAUACCAGGGGGCCCAAGUGGGGGCCAACGUUCAGUCACAGGUGGAUACUCUUCGCCAUGUUAUCAGUCAGACAGGCGGAUACAGUGAAAGCCUAGCUGCCAGUCAAAUGUACAGUCCACAGGGCAUCAAUGUGAACGGUGGCUGGCAAGAUGCCCCAACACCCUCUUCAGUGACCUCGCCCACAGAAGGACCUGGGAGUGUCCAUUCUGACACCUCCAACUGAUCAGCACUAUCACCAUCAUUAUCACAGACCGAUGGAUCUCCAGACUGCUCUCACUAAAGAUCCACUACUGUCCACAGAUGGGGAUUUACAUCCCACACGGUCAUACACAAUCAUACAACACCAACUUACCACCGUGGAACAUUUGGGAUACUUUACAAAAUUUUAGAAAACAAUUAUAAAUUAAAAAAAAAAAAAGAAACAAAUAAAAAACAUGUUUGUACAGUUUUCUCAGUGUAUUUUAGGUGGCACAGGAUGACUAACUUACCUGUGAGUGUUUCAUUCUUAUGAGGCUAUGGUUAAUGAUGGAUCAAGUUAUUGUGUUUAAAAUUUAAUGCUUCAUUCUACCUCUCAGCAAAAGAAAAACAUAAAAAGAAUAUGAAAUGCGAAAGAGCAGUCUUUCUACAAAAAAUCAAAAGUAACAGAUACCAGUUGUUCAUAUGUAGUGCUUAAGAGGAAGCUCUCCUUAUUGGUACGUUUGGUCAUAAUUGCCAUUUUUGUUCGCUCAUUGCUAGUGAUUUACUUUUUUGUUUUCACAAUUUCCUCAGAUUAUAACAAAUUUUCAUUGACAAAUUCAGCUCGAUAGAACUGAUUUUUAUUUUACAGUACAUCUUUGUAAAAAAUAAAAUGUGUACAGUAAAUUGAGUGUGUGGAGGUCCCCAAAAAAUCGGAAAACUGAUUACCUCAUUAUGUUUUCCCCACAAAGACCAUGUCAAAAACUGUCCAUUAAAUGCAUAGUUAAAGAGGGAGCAGUCCAAACACAACUGUGUUGUCAUAGAUUCAUUUGGAGUUAUUUCCUCACUCUGUUUGUUUUUGAGGACACUGUCUGCGAGUCUAUGAAAAUAUAACUGAUUUCGGAAAUGGAGGAAGCAUCAAGUCAUUAUAGUCUAUAAUGACAUUUCCUCCCCGCGUUCACUUCAGAUCACUUUCAAAUGCUCCCCUAUUCCCUUACUCCCCUAAGUGAAGGAAUUUGACAUAAACAGCAAUAUAUUUUGUUUUGUUUUCAAUAUACAGGCAGGUACCCUUUACUACCCCAAGUUAUGAAAAACAAGCACUGAUGCUCUUUAUUAUUUUGAAUAAGUUGAAUUAGCUCAAAUAUGUUCCCUUUUUAAGAUUAUGUUUAAGAUAUUUGUCUUUAUUGUAAACAGCUUCUGUUGACUUUAGCAAAGACCUUGUGGAUUUUAUCAUAAGGACAUGAGGUAUUGAGUUAUUGUUAUUUUGCCAAUAAUUCCAUGUAUGAGAGCCAACUGUGAGUGUACAGUUUUAGAAACAAGCAAGUUUGCUGUACAUUUUACAUUACAGCCAAGUGUUGCUGUUAACCAAAAUCCUUUCUAUAAAUAUUGUAAAAGAAGAUGAAAUAUCAUGCUCAUACUUGUUCAAACAUAAUGAGCUUGUCUCAGUUUUCUGUUGCAUUUGUAAGGAAGUUGGAAUUCAGAUAUACACCAUACAAGCAUUUCAUUUCUCUCAUUUCUUUUGAGCAAUUUGUAUCGCUGAUGCUACGGUUUAGAUUGAAAAAUCAUGACUGUUGAAGCUAUUCUUCCUAUUUGGAAAAAAUUGAAAAAAUUAAAUAGUUAAUUUAUUUUUGUUGAAAAUAUAUCCCUGUUUGUCAGGGCUCCGGGUAAUGAAGUUUGUUGUGCAGUGCAUUGAAUCAGAAUCCAUUUAAAUGGGGAAGUCAUUAAGAUAAUAUGAUUUGAACAUUUCUACAGUCACUUUAUGCUGUGUUGAUGCAGGUAUCACUCUGUUCAACUGUUCAGUCUAAAUGGACCCAUUGCCCCUGAACCCAGAAAUCCAGAUAAACUUUGAAAAACCGACCUGAAUUGAAGCCAGUGAAUAAUCUCUGCUCCAAUGUAUAUGUGUUAUAUGACAACAGUGUCUAAAAUCACAUUAUAUCCCCUCAAUUUGUGCUCUUACAAGUGUGUUACAAAAACAUAUUCCUAAACAAUUGCCAAAAAGUAAGGAGCUUUACCUGUUUAAUACAUUUGAGGGGAAAUGUCUUGGAAUGGUCAUUACUAUUCACCAUCAAACCCCAAAAUAUAAAAACUGAAAGUUGCUUUGGUAUAUAAAAUAAUCAGAAAUAUGUGACUGAUAUUUAAUUGUCUUUGCCUUAAAUUUCGUUCCUUUUAUUAUGUUUGUGUUUUCGCCUUUUUUUCACCUCUCAUUACAAUAUCACAAUUGAUCUUGUUAGACAAGACAUUCUUAAACACCAGUUAAUAUGUUUCUGUAAUAGUUUGAAGAUACUCAUUCUAGCUCCAUAUGAAAAUACAAACAUACAUCAUCUGUUAUUUGAUUAAUGAUAUUUGACACACACACACACACACACCAUAAAAACACUCUUGUUCGCUGAUGGUUGCCAUUGUGAAAAUGUAUAUAUUUUGUGAAAUAGACUUGACUGCACUUGUUAUAAAUGCAUUAUUAGAUUACACAAUUAUGUACCAUAUGAAGCAUUGAAGUCCAAAUGUUUGUUUGGGUUUCCCUCACAAUUCCCACAAACUUUGUCACAAAUUGACAUGAUUUUCAUCAAUAAAUGUUGUAUUGCUCACUGAACAUUAUUGAUAAACAUCAGUAUGUAUUUUGUGAGAUUCUCUGUUUUGUUGUUAUUUUUAUUUUUUUAUAAAGGUUUUACAAGGUUUAAGGUUUUUCUUGUUCUCUGAUUCAUGUUUAGGGGCCAUUUUCAAAGUAAUAGAGUCAAAGAAAUACAGUAGGGAUUCAUAUUGCACCUAUAUAGUGCGUAUCUGCCAUUAAUCAACUCAACUCUCAGACUUUCAAUGGAUUUUGCAGAAUGUUGGUCCAAUAUCAUAUAAUUUCCUUGCCAGAGAUUUUACAGACGGCCCUGUAAAAUAAUUACAGUAUCACAUUUCACUUUCUUGCACGUGUUUUGCUUACAAUAAAAAAACUGUAUUGUUUUGAGUAAAUCCUGAUGUAUUUUUUCCCCCACACGUUUUUUCUUUGUUUGCAAGUAUG